UAAUCACUGCUUAAAGGCACAUUUUGACAGCCCACUUUUUUUUUUUUGCUUGAUGUUUUUUUCAUGUCUGCACAGCAAAUCACCCAACACCUCCAUAUUUUUUUUUCCUCCUCUGCUCAACUUAUGUAUUCAGUCGGCUUUGCCUCGCGUAUUAAUUUUUAUGACCUGGGAUGUUGCAUGUGUCUUGUUUUGUGUGCUCCUUUUUCAGGAUUUCUUUUUUUCACAUUCUGGAAAUGUUUUAAACCGAGGAGUGGUGGGAGAAUUCCCUGCUGACAGUUAUGUGUGCAUUCUAUUUGCAAUUGCAGAGCAAUAUAUUCGGAGGCUUGGAUGAGAGUUUGCUGGCCCGGGCUGAAGCUCUAGCGGCGGUGGAUAUAGUCUCGCAGACCAAGAGCCACCACCACCCUCCGCACCACAGCCCCUUCAAGCCGGACGCAACCUACCACACCAUGAACACUCUUCCCUGCACGUCGUCAUCCUCCUCUUCCUCCUCGGUGCCUAUCUCUCAUCCGUCCGCCUUGGCUGGUCACCACCAUCACCACCACCACCACCACCAUCACCAGCCCCACCAGGCGCUGGAGGGGGACCUGCUGGACCACAUCACCCCGGGACUGGCGCUGGGCGCCAUGGCAGGGCCGGACGGCUCGGUGGUUUCCACGCCUGCGCACCCUGCCCACAUGGCGGGCAUGAACCACAUGCACCAGGCGGCCAUCAACAUGGCCCAUGCCCACGGGCUACCGCCGCACAUGGGCAUGAACGACGUGGACGCCGAUCCUAGAGACUUGGAAGCCUUCGCGGAGAGGUUUAAGCAGAGACGGAUCAAACUCGGGGUUACCCAGGCGGACGUGGGGUCAGCUUUAGCCAGCCUGAAGAUCCCAGGAGUGGGCUCCCUGAGCCAAAGCACCAUCUGCAGGUUCGAGUCCCUCACCCUGUCGCACAACAACAUGAUUGCUUUGAAGCCCAUCCUGCAAGCGUGGCUGGAAGAAGCCGAGAAAUCACACAGGGAGAAACUUAAUAAACCCGAGUUGUUCAACGGCGCGGAGAAGAAGCGGAAGCGCACGUCGAUCGCCGCGCCGGAGAAGAGAUCACUGGAGGCCUAUUUUGCCAUCCAACCGCGUCCUUCCUCGGAGAAAAUCGCAGCAAUCGCAGAAAAGCUGGACCUGAAAAAGAACGUGGUGCGGGUCUGGUUUUGCAACCAGCGGCAGAAACAGAAACGAAUGAAGUACUCUGCAUGCGUCUAAAA